AUGGACCCAUCAGAAGACAACGACAACCCAACUGAACAAACAACCCUCCUCUCACGCUCCCCCUCCCCCUUCCCAAUUUCCCAGGAGGACCAGAAAAAACCUGCCUCGCAACUAUGGCCAACCCUCCUAACCGUCGCCUCCCUCGCCCUCCUCUUCAACAUGGGCCUACACAUCGCCACCGCCCCCUCGCUGGCCAUCCUCCAGGGCAUCAUUUGCAAGAAUUACUAUGAGCAGGGUAUUACUGAUUCUAUUGGGGUAGGAUUGGGAGGAGGAGGAAUGGAAGGGUUGCUGCUGCCACCGAAGACCAACUUUGAGGAUGAUGAUUGGUGUAAGAUUGGGCCGGUGCAGAGUCAAGUUGCCGAGGUGAGUGCUUGGAAGGAUGUUUUUGAGAUUUUGCCUGCCGUCGCUCUCGCCAUCCCCUGGGGUAUCUUAACCGACCGCAUCGGACGCAAAAAGGUCUUGCUCCUCGCCCUGUUCGGGAUGCUGUUAAAUGAAGCUUGGGUCAGACUCGUGUACUGGUUCUCCGACAUCUUCCCCGUCCGCGCCGUCUGGUUCGGCGGUCUCUUCCAAGCCAUCGGAGCGGGAAGUACCACCUUCACGAGCAUCGCUUACGUCUUGGUAGCGGAUGUUUGUCCUGCUGAGCAGCGAUCAACAGCCUUCGGCUACCUCCUCGCCUCCACCAUCGUCUCGCGCUUCGUUUUCGUCCCCAUCGGCGGCGCUCUUAUUUCUGUCGAUCCCUGGCUCGCCAUGUGGCUCGGUUUUCUGGUUCAAGUGAUUGGGUUCAUCGUUGCUGCUUUCUUCGUCCAGGAAACCCUUCCACCGCCCGCUUCCGAUUCCGACCCUUCUUCUCCUUCUCAGUCAGAGCCUUUCACCGCAGACAGUUUCACCACCGAGUCGGUCACGAAGCCCAAGACAGUCAAGCAGCAUGUUGAACACUACCUGGAAAAGGUCAAAGAGGCGGGGGCCUGGACACUUCAGAACCCGAAAAUUGUUCUGCUGUUGCUGUGCUUUUGGUUGUACAUGAUGGGCGAACAGGCGGAGAUGUUGUUGAUGAUUCAGUACGCUAGUAAGCGGUUGGGGUGGUCUUUUGGGAAGGCCUCCCUCCUCCCCUCCCUCGGCGCCCUAACAAACCUCCUCACCCUAACCACCCUCCUCCCCUAUUUAUCCAUCCUCUUCUCCCAUUCCUCCCCCUCCUCCCGCUUCCGCAUCAUGUCCGAACCAGCCAAAGACUACCUCCUCGCCCAAAUCCUCGCCACCCUCCUCACCCUCGGCUGCCUGUUGAUCGCCCUCCCCCUUCCCCAUUUCGGCUUCCUAACUUCCGGCGAGGUGUUGUACUCCGCCGGCGCUGCACUCUCCGUCCCCCUACGGAGCUUGAUAACGAAUCUGGUGGAUGCGAGGCAUCGCGGGACGCUGUAUACGGUUAUUAGUGUUGUAACUUAUGGGGCUACGAGCGUGGGGAGGCCGGUUGCUGCUGGGUUGUUUAGUGUUGGAUUGAAGAUGGGGGAUGGGAUGCAGUGGAUGGGGAUGCCGUUUGCGGUGGCGGGGGUGAUGUUUGCGGUGUGCUUGGGGGUGGUUAGUUUUUCGGCGUUGGGGAGGGGGGAGGGGAGGGAGACUACGGUGGGAGAGGAAGAGGGGGCUCAGGGGGUGGAAGGGGAGAGGGUUGAAGUUGAGGGGGAGAGGUAUAGGGAUUGA